UGCUUUUUAAAAAACAGGCUGUCUGUGCUGGAAGAUGUGGGGCUGGCAAACAUUGGAAGCUGAGUUACUUGGCUGCUGUGUUGAUAUUUUGAGGAGACAUCCAGUCAUGCCAUACUCUCUCUGUGAGUGCUAGAAUUCCAGCUCCCUGCAGUCCCAUCUGAGACUUCGUGGGCAGCACGCAGUGAUGGAGGACUCUCCAACAGAUGUUGUGGCCGAAGACAAUGACACAGGCUUCCAAGACGCACAGGCUGAACUGGCAGAGCGGGUGGCGGCCAUAGAUGUGUCUGUUCACCCAGACAGAAGUGACCAAAAUGGGGAAGACACCACUGAAGAAAAUGACACUGUCUUUUCUGAUAAUGUAAAAGACAUCCAAAGAAAUGGAGUCAACAGUGACGUGGAAACGAAUGAAUUCCUGCUCUCCCAACAACCAGACAAUGCUCACUGUGGGCACACUUCCAAGAGACCUCUUGCUAGACCUGUGCUAUCAAGUAGGAAGUUGUCUCUUCAGGAAAGAUCAUCAGGAAGUCAUUUGGCAUCGAGCAACACUCCGGGUUUUGGUCAUUAUGCCACAGGGCCAUCGCCUCGUAUAAUGCGGAGGCCAACGAUAGAGUCCAAUCGAGUCUCCAUCUCAGAUGCUGAGGACUGUGUGCAAUUAAACCAGUACAAGCUGCAGAGUGAAAUAGGCAAGGGUUCCUAUGGUGUUGUGAAGCUGGCCUACAACAAGGAUGAUGACAAGUAUUAUGCUAUGAAAGUCCUCUCCAAAAAGAAGCUCUUGAAGCAGUAUGGAUUUCCACGUCGACCUCCUCCUAGAGGAUCAAAAACAUCUACUGGAGAGCAGUCUAAAACCAUGGCACCACUGGACAGAAUCUAUCAGGAAAUAGCCAUAUUAAAGAAACUGGACCAUGUCAACGUUGUUAAACUGAUAGAGGUCCUUGAUGAUCCUGCAGAAGACAACUUAUACAUGGUGUUUGACCUCCUGAGGAAAGGGGCUGUCAUGGAGGUACCAAGUGAUGAGCCAUUCAGUGAGGAUCAGGCCUGGCUCUACUUCCGAGACAUUGUGUUGGGCAUUGAGUACUUGCACUACCAGAAGAUCAUUCACCGAGAUAUCAAGCCUUCCAAUUUGCUGUUAGGAGAUGAUGGACAUGUCAAAAUUGCUGAUUUUGGAGUCAGUAAUCAGUUUGAAGGGAACGAUGCCCAGCUUUCCAGCACAGCAGGAACACCAGCCUUCAUGGCACCAGAGGCCAUUUCAGACACGGGCAAAAGUUUCAGUGGAAAGGCACUUGAUGUAUGGGCCAUGGGAAUUACCCUGUACUGCUUUGUUUAUGGGAAGUGUCCUUUUAUAGAUGAAUAUAUUCUGGGUCUUCAUAACAAGAUCAAGAACAAGCCUGUGGAGUUCCCAGAAGAAUUACAGAUAAGUGAUGAGCUCAAGGAGCUGAUCUUACGCAUGCUUGAUAAAAAUCCAGAAACAAGGAUAACAGUCCCUGAAAUUAAGGUACAUCCAUGGCUAACCAAGGGUGGUGAGGAGCCUCUGCCACUGGAAGAAGAGCACUGUACUGUGGUGGAGGUUACAGAGGAGGAAGUGAAGAACUCAGUGAAGACAAUCCCAAGUUUGCCUGCUGUGAUCCUAGUGAAGGCCAUGCUAAGAAAACGCUCCUUUGGAAAUCCAUUUGAAGUUCAGACCAGACGGGAGGAGAGGUCCAUGUCUGCUCCAGGGAACCUGCUGAUGGACAGAUUCCUCCUAAACACAUCUAUAUAUUUGCAUCCAUCUUUAAGAAAACAAGGGAGCAGAGAAGGAGGCAGGGACUCAGAGCUGCCUGAUGUGUGUGAAGAUGAAGCUACAUCCUGAAGCCGCGUGGCUGUUGCAGGCUGGUUGCUCACGUGCUGCUGCUGCUGUACCCAUCGUGGUGUUGUUUGGCACACAUCUGCUCACAUCGCAAAGUCCAGGGCCUGCAAAGCAAAAAGCAAAACGGACCAACCUAGCAAACUGCAAAGGAGGAAAAGAGCAGCAAUAAAGAAACAAACGAGUUUCAGCUGGCACAGGGCUGGCUUGGCCUCCUGGGCAGCUGUGUUCCUCA